AUUUAUCACGUUGUCCUGGCAGAUUCACGAUGUUUCCGUCUCCACGCACUCAGGCAGCAGUAACGGCUCGCCGGCAGCACAACACCCGAGUAUCGAGUGUCAGGAAAAGCGUGGGGUCUGGGGUCACUGCGACUUCUUCGCCCUCCACGGUAUUGUCUCCCGUGGGGCGCAGAGUCCCGAGCAGCGGAUCCCGCGCAACAGCUCCCAGAGUGGUACUUCACCCAUCUGCCAGUGAGACUGUGAAUUAUAAUGUGCAGCUGUAUGGCUCGCCUCUCCCUAUUAAGGUGAUGGAAGUCUUGACCAGCGCUGAUGCAGAUGAACGCCUCACUGUUAAGAUCCAUGAAGACGGAUGGGCCUGGCUGGCUUACAGUGAUCGCUUGAUAAUCUGGAAAAUUAGUCAAACUUCUUCUACCAAGCUAAUGCUGUGUAAAGAGCUGCAGCUCCCUGCUAGUGACUACAAGUGCACUGCAGAUCUAGUCGACAUCAAUAUUCACAUAACGGAUGGAGCUCAUGCACAGACCGUAGCAGUAUUGAUGGCUACCCGUGAAGGCUCUAUCCGCUUUUGGCCUAACCUUAUGCAUGAAAGUUUCUACACAGAAACCCAUACAGACUUUGGGGACUCGCUCUGUGAGUUUGUGACCUCUGUCAAGGCUUGUAGUUAUGUCCUAGCAUCUUCUAAAAAUCAGCUGGUAAGGUUGUUUCCAGAUGCUUCCGGAAAGAUUACCCAGCGGGUUCUGCAGCAAGGGCAGGGAAUGUUGUCUGGUAUAGGUCGCAGAGUUUCCACUUUGUUUGGCAUGCGGUCUCCUGCAAUUGAAUCUACUCUUCGCAGUGUGCUCUGGGAUAAAGGGGACUGCUUGUACACCCUCUCUGAUUCUAGCAUAAACAAAUGGGAAAUGGAUGAAACUUCAGAGUAUCAUGUGUUAUGUUGGGAAAUGGGCAAGAUUCUUAAAGAAAACAUUUCCAAUGCGAUAUGGGGUUCUGGAAGCAACCACAAAGCUGUGAGUGAUGAAAUAAACAUUGAGUAUCUGGAUUUAAGUCAAAACAUGGAUGGAUUAGUCAUCUUGGCUGCUGCUUGGCAUAGCAGAGAGAGUCCAUGUCUUAUAUAUUAUACACUGGUUACGGUAAAGGAUGAAGGUUACCAUGUGUCUGAUGAGGUAGUUGUAGAAGUCACUCGUUUCAACCCUCCAUUUCAGUCAAAAGAUAUGCUUUUUUGCCAUCUUGUGAUUCCAAAUGUCAACAGCCAAGCUGCUUGUCUCUGCACAAGAGAAGCCGUGUUUGCCUGCUCAACAGCUCCUGGAAGAGGAUGUUUGCCUCAGGAAAAAAUUCCAUUUGAAACACAAGGUGAUAACCUCUUGGGAGCUGGUUCGUGUGCAGGUUUAACAAUAUUUUUUGCCAGAAAGAGUGGACUGUUGGCGAUUGUAGCUCGAGAAAAUAUGUUCAUGCUUCCAGAGGACCUAGAAGAAUCCAUUACAUCUUUGGAAAGACCAAAGAGUCAGGUCCCAUUUAUGGAAACCCCCUCAAGAACAGAUACUUUAUCUAAUGAUAGAACAAAACUAUUGAAAGCUGCCUUCUUGCAGUAUUGCAGGAAGGAUUUGCUGACUGCACAAAACAUGGCCGACAAUCUGUUCCCACCAGUUGCAGGAGUGGAAUUUGAUAGUGAACUGGAUGAGGCUGUAGUGCAGCUUAGUUUGGACUUGAUAGAUGAUUAUCCUGCUGCGGAUCCCCGCUGGGCUGAUUCCUUACCUGAAGAAACAGCUGGUGUUUGUAAUACUUCCCUUAUCAUUUUGCAUCAAUUGGAAGAUAAGAUGAAAGCACACUCAUUCUUUAUCGAUUUUCUUCAUGAGGUUGGACUCUUCAGCCGCUUGAGUACUUGUCAAUUAAGAGGAAACUCAAUAGUUACUAGUCUUUUGCUCUGCGAGCAUGCAGAAAAAUUAUCAGCUAUCAUUGUUCUGAAGAAUCACCACACCAGACUCCCUGCCCUGGUGAAUGCUGCCAUACAUCUUGCUCUGAACAAAAGGUUGUGCUCCAUUCCUCCAAAUCUGACUGCAGCAGAUGUGUAUUUUAGAGAGGUGUCACAAAUGGAUUUGAUAUUUGAAUGCUUUUUAAACAAAGAAGAAUGUGAACUGGAAAACAUAUCACCUGACACUGUAGAAUGGGCACAUGUUGUUAUAACUACAAACACUUUAAUGAAGGAUAUGCUACAUGCUGCCUUUCAGUAUCGACAGAAUAAAGCCUCCCUAUAUAAAAAUGAACACCUGCAAAAAGAGCCCGAGAUCCUUCAAUGGACUGCUUCUAGUGGGCCUACUGGUAUCCGUACAGCGAUAAUACGUCAACACAGCAUCAUCCUGAAGAAAGUCUAUCCUCAAACAGAUACCAGCCUGCGCAGUAUCCUUAUUGAGCAGUUGGUUGCACUGCUAAAUUUUCUUUUUGAUGACUAUGUCACUCAGCUGAAAUCUGUGGACAGGCCAAGUGCCCAAGAAAGAUAUUGCAUUCUGGAAGCAGAGUAUACACAGAAGCGAUCAGAACUCUUGUCACCUCUGUUGACUUUGGGGCAGUAUACUUGGGCUAUUAGCCUUGCUGAGAAGUAUUGUGAAUUUGAUAUCCUAGUGCAAAUAUGUGAACUCACUGAAAAUCACACCAGAUUGCAGCAGUACAUGGCACAAUUCUCUGAUCAGAAUUUUUCAGACUUCUUGUUUCGCUGGUAUUUGGAGAAAGGGAAGCGAGGAAAACUGUUAUCUCAGCCAAUUUCCCAACAUGGGCAGUUGGCUUCUUUCUUGCAAGCUCAUGAACAGCUCAGCUGGUUACAUGAGGUGAACAUUGAAGACUUUGAAAAGGCUCACAGGACACUGCAGACAUUGGCAAAUAUAGAAACUCGGUACUUCUGUAAAAAAAGAACUCUACUUGGAAUGAGUAAAUUAGCAGUGAUUGCAUCUGAUUUGACUGAAGACAUAUUGAAAGAAAAGAUUGAAGAAAUAUCUGAAGAGGAGAUUUUCCUUCUACAUCAAGAGACCCUGCCCAGUCAGCUUCUGGAAGAAAAGCAGUUGAACUUAAAUGUGAUGCCUGUUCUUUCCGCUCUAGCCCUCAUAAAACUAUACAUAAGUGAGGAGAACAGAAAGGCAAAUGAAUAUGACUUUAAGAAAGCCCUUGAUCUGCUGGACUAUAUUAAUGAGGAGACAUAUGUGGAUAAGAAAGAACUUAAGCUGGAAAUACUCUGCAAAGCUAUAAAGAGAGACAAUUGGUCAUCUUUAGAUGGAACAGACGACCCCAUAGAUGCCACAAAAGACUCCAUAUUUGUAAAAGUACUUCAACUGUUUUUAAAAAAAAGUACACACCUUGGAGACUACUUACCAGAAGGCGAAACUCUGCUUCAGUCAGAUGAACUUUCCAGCUUAAGAUCCAAUGCGUACUUUGAAUAUGUUCUAAAGGCAAACUAUGAAUACUAUGUAAAAGAACAUCCUUAAUUCUGUCAUGUGUUGGACCCAUUUGUUUUUCACUAUUGUUUAAUAAAUUCAGUUCUUUAUAAAAAAAAAAAAAAGGUGAUUACACAGCCAUCAUACAUCACGUGGGACCCUUCAUCCAAUCUCAUUAGCUCUGCUACAGAUGCCAAAAAAUUAUAUUCAACAAUGCAAUCUAGUAAAUAGUUUUCACUAAAGUUGAACACCCUUUUUCUGGUAUUGUGAUUGAGUUAAGCCAGUUAGUAAAUAGCAUUUUAUUUUAAUUUUCCCCCCGACACCAAAAGGUGUUGGAGUCUAGUAAAUCAGGCCCAGUGUCCUUGUUUAACCUUAACUUAGUCUCCACCAAUUAAGUCUAG